AUGUCAUCUUCAUUUGUCGCUGAUCGUAUUCUCUGCAAUACAUCAAUUACUUCCAAUGUUCAACCAAACUACAUCUCAUCAGGAGGCUGGUAUUUGGUGAUGCAAGAAGAUUCAAAUCUUGUUUUGUAUUGCGGUAACGUCUUUACACCAAACAAUGCUGUUUGGUCAAGUGGAACAAACGGUAAGGGCCAUGGAGUAGCUAGAUGCACAAUGCAAGCUGAUGGUAAUUUAGUUGUUUAUGAUGGAAAUUCAAAGCCAUUGUGGGCAUCAAACACCAACAAUGUAGGUCGUGGACCACAUAUUGCUUACCUUAAUCCAACUGGUAUUUUGGAGGUUGUCGACAGCCAAGGAGCCGUCAUCUUCAAGAGUCAACAAGUUCCACCACAAAAGCAACCACAACCACAGGUGCCACAAACCACUACCACUACCUACUAUCCCAAUGUGAUUGUUACCACUGGACCAGCCUAUCCCGCUGCCACCCCAUACCCAUCAGCCUAUCCAGCAGCCACUCCAUACCCAUCUGCCGCCUCUCCAUACCCAGGUCCAUCUUCUCACCACCUCCUCCAUCCACACCACCACCGUGGAAAGUCUUACUUCCCAGGUCACGAAUUGUCCUGCGGCGCUGGCUUGCACUCUUCCAACGUCUCGGCCGUCAACCACGGUCAAUUCAACCUCGUCAUGCAAGAAGACGGUAACUUGGUCGUCUACCAAGGCCAAUCUUGGGAGCCAAGACACUCCAUCUGGGCUACUGGUACCGAUAACAAGGGACAAGGCCCAUUCAGAUUGACCAUGCAACACGAUGGUAACUUGGUCUUGUAUGACAUCAACAGCAAGCCAACUUGGGCUUCUGGUACCGACAACAAGGGUCAACAACCACUCAAGCUUCACUUUACCAAUCAUGGUGCUUUGCAACUUAUUGAUCGUCAUAAUACUCUUAUCUGGACCAACAAGAAUAUAUAG